CAAACGAAAAAGCUUAAUUAAAUAGAAAAUGGCUGCAGCUAUCGAUGGUGUUCUCCCAGGCACAUUGCAGGAGCUGGUAAAAAAGUCCAAGGUGCUGGUUGUUGGCGCUGGCGGGAUCGGCUGCGAGGUCCUCAAGAACCUUGUGCUCAGCGGCUUCAACGACAUUCAAAUUAUCGACUUGGACACCAUUGACCUGAGUAAUCUCAAUCGGCAAUUUCUUUUUCAUCGCGAACACGUGGGAAAAUCAAAGGCCCGUGUGGCACGGGAAACUGCUUUGAGCUUCAAUCCGGAUGCAAAGAUAACUGCAUACCAUGAUAGCGUCACAUCCUCCGACUACGGUGUCAGCUUCUUCCAGAAGUUCGAUGUAAUCCUCAGCGCUCUGGACAAUCGUGCUGCCCGCAAUCAUGUGAAUCGCAUGUGUCUUAAUGCUGAUGUUCCUUUGAUCGAGAGUGGCACCUCGGGCUACAAUGGUCAGGUGGAGCUGAUCAAGCGGGGCCUCACCCAAUGCUACGAGUGCACACCCAAGGAGAAGCAACGCAGUUUUCCCGGCUGCACCAUACGCAACACGCCCUCGGAGCCCAUCCACUGUAUUGUGUGGGCCAAGCAUCUCUUCAAUCAACUGUUUGGAGAAUCUCUCGAUGAUGAGGACAUUUCUCCAGACGCUGCCGAUCCGGAUGCCCAGAGUGUCCCCCAAGAAUUCGAUGCAGGCGCAGGUGGAGACGGUGAGGCGAAGAUCAGCAAAGAGAAAACUCUAACGGAGGAGGGUACGAACAAUGGCAAUGUUGUGCGCAUCAACACCCGCCAGUGGGCCAAGGAUUGCGACUACGAUGCUGCGAAGCUCUUCAACAAGUUCUUCGAUGAGGACAUCAACUACUUGCUGAAAAUGUCUAAUCUGUGGACCUCGCGAAAGGCCCCAGUGCCCGUUUCUUGGGACACACUUGUGCCCGAAGGGACGACUGAUAUCCAGCCAGAGUUCGCACGGCAGCAUCACAAGGUCUGGACCGUGGAGGAGUGUGCCCAUGUCUUUGCCAAUACGCUCAAGGAGCUGAGCGCAUCAUUCCUCAAACUAAAGGCUGAUGAAACUCUUGUCUGGGACAAGGAUGAUCAGCCGGCAAUGAACUUUGUGGCCGCCUGCGCCAAUGUGCGCUCCUACAUCUUUGACAUUGAGCGAAAGUCAAGAUUUGAAAUCAAGUCGAUGGCAGGGAAUAUUAUACCCGCAAUUGCCACCACCAAUGCGAUUACUGCUGGCAUCUCUGUGAUGCGAGCCUUCAAUGUCCUUGAGGCCAAAUGGGAACAGUGCAAGGCCGUCUAUGCCCGUCUUCGCCCCAAUGGACGCGGCCAAUUCCUUGUCCCAGAUGCCUCCUUGGCAGCACCCAAUCCCAGUUGCUAUGUCUGCUCCCUAGAUCCGGCCAUUACCCUCCGCAUCGAUACCAAGCGUGUUCACAUUAAGGAGCUACGCGACGAUGUACUGAUUAAAACACUCAACAUGCUCCAUCCAGAUGUGGUACUGGUGGGCUCUAACUCUAUUUUGAUCUCUUCGGAGGAGGGUGAAACGACAGAUAAUGACGACAAGCUGCUGUCCGAAAUGAACGUUGUAGACGGCGCAAUCCUGAACUGUGAUGAUUUUCAUCAGAACUACAGUCUAAGCGUAAUAAUAUCGCAUUUCGAUGCAGAGCGAGACGAUUCUCUCUUCGAGGUGUCUGCCGACUCAAAGCAGUUGCAACCCAAAGAGGAGGAGCAAAAGAUGCCGGACGAUGAAACCGACAAAGGAAAGGAAGCACGAAAACGUUCUGCCAAUGGUGCAGAUGUUGCUGCAGAUGAUGGCCCCUCCACAUCGAAGCGUAGUCGUCCAACCGAAAUAGAAGACGACGACGACGAUGACUGUCUUGUGAUCGAAGAGGAAAACGAUGAGGAUGUAAUGGUCGUGGCCACAGAUAACCUUUCCGUAGAGAGUCCCGCCAAAACGGCCACCAAGCGAAAGCCCAGCGUAGCGAUCGAGGAUAUCACCGAGAUAUUGGACUCGUCCGACGAGGAGGAAGCCGGACCAACCAAAUGCAAACGUUCCAAGAUAGAACUGCCCGAUCUGAAGAUCAAUCAAAUGGAAGUCAUAAACAUUGAUUGAACAGAGUACAAUCUUUCCGUUUAAACAUUCUCUAACCAGUUCCAUGGAAUUUUCUGAAAUUUUAAGAAUAACGAUGCGAAUAAUUUAAAAUGA